AUGCGGUGGCGGCCCUGGGUGCCCGCCUGCCUGGCCUGGGGCUGUGUGGCCGCGCUGUGCGGCUCCCGCGGGCUCUGCCCGGCCCCGAACGCCUCCCGGCCCGAGCCGGGUCAGUGCCCGCGGCGCCGGGCGGCGGAGCUCUGCGCCUGGGCCCUGUCCUCCGACAGCCUCCUAGAUCCUUUUCCGGUUGACGUGAUCCAAGAAAAUUAUGUCCGUAAUGUGAAAAACUGCAUUUUUUCAGUUGUCUAUCCUACACCUUUUAAAUCUAGAGUUCGUCUUGUAGCUGUUUCAAAGGAAGUUAUUGAAAAUAUUUUGGACCUCAAUAUAUCUGUCAAAGGAUCAUCUGAUUUUCUGGAGUUCGUCAGUGGUGGGAAGGUGAUAUUUGGCUCUGUUCCACUGGCCCAUAGGUAUGGGGGUCACCAGUUUGGUAGCUGGGCAGGUCAGCUGGGGGAUGGAAGAGCCCACUUGGUCGGAGUGUAUACAAACAGGCAUGGUGAGAGGUGGGAACUGCAGUUAAAAGGGUCAGGAAAGACUCCAUACUCCAGGAAUGGUGAUGGAAGAGCUGUGCUUCGCUCCUCUGUUCGAGAGUUUUUAUGUAGUGAGGCAAUGCACUAUCUUGGAAUUCCUACAAGUAGAGCUGCUAGCUUAGUUGUAAGUGAUGAUGAUGUGUGGAGAGACCAGUUUUACAAUGGAAAUAUCAAGAAAGAAAGAGGUGCAAUAGUGCUACGACUUGCCAAAUCGUGGUUUCGUAUAGGAUCCUUGGAAAUCUUAGCUCACUCUGGGGAACUGGACUUACUAAGAAGAUUACUAGACUUUAUCAUCCAGGAACAUUUUCCAUCGAUAGCAAUGAAUGAUUCAAACAGAUACCUGGAAUUUUUCUCUACAGUCGUGUCAGAGACUGCAAAUCUCAUUUCCUUGUGGAUGUCUGUGGGGUUUGCACAUGGUGUGUGCAAUACAGAUAACUUCAGUUUAUUGUCCAUAACAAUAGAUUAUGGUCCUUUUGGAUUUAUGGACUCCUAUGACCCAGAUUUUGUUCCGAACACAUCUGAUGAUGAAAGGAGGUAUAAAAUAGGAAAUCAGGCAAGUGUUGGGCAGUUUAACCUGAGCAAGCUGUUACAAGCUCUAAAACCUUUAUUGGAUCCCAGGCAAAAGCAGCUAGCUUCCCAAAUUUUGAAGGGGUAUGGUGAACACUAUUACAGUCGUUUCACAGAACUAUUCAAAACAAAAUUGGGUCUUCUUGGGGAGAAUGAGAAUGAUAACUAUUUGAUUGCUUUCCUCUUAAAAAUUAUGGAAGAUACAAAGGCUGAUUUUACAAUGACAUUCCGGGAGUUGAGUGAAAUUACUGCAGACCAGUUAAAGGAGCUCCAUAUUCCUGAGGAGUUCUGGGCUCUCCAGGAUCUGGGUAAACACGAAUUAUUUUCAGAAUGGGUUACUAUGUACCUCCUGAGAUUAAACAGUAACAACCGUGACUCAGAUGCCAAAAGAAGAACACGAAUGGCAACUGUUAAUCCUAGAUACAUACUUAGGAAUUGGAUGGCAGAAUCAGCAGUGCAAAAAGCUAAUUUGAAUGAUUUCUCAGAGGUUCAGCUCCUAGAGCAGGUUUUACAGCACCCCUUUCAGAGGCAGGAGGCUGCAGAGAGAGCAGGGUACUCCCUGCGCCCUCCAGCUUGGGCCAAGCAUCUGAAAGUCAGCUGUUCAUCCUGAGGGAAAGUCAAACAAGCUAGAAGAAUGAUCAAGGUCAAAGCUCAAGCCUUCAAAUAGGGCUAAUGGAUCAAGCCACAGGAACUUCCCUCUCUUAGACUUUGUGGACUGGAAUCUGCUACUUUUCUUGACCAGCUUAUGAAGUCUUAAGAAUAAAGAAGUGCAUCACUAC